CCUUUGCGGGCGAUGGGGCGGCAGGCACUGCUGCUUCUCGCGCUGUGCGCCACAGGCGCCUGGGGGCUCUACUUCCACAUCGGCGAGACCGAGAAGCGGUGUUUCAUCGAGGAAAUCCCCGACGAGACCAUGGUCAUCGGCAACUAUCGUACCCAGAUGUGGGAUAAGCAGAAGGAGGUCUUUCUGCCCUCGACCCCUGGCCUGGGCAUGCACGUGGAAGUGAAGGACCCCGACGGCAAGGUGGUGCUGUCCCGGCAGUACGGCUCGGAGGGCCGCUUCACGUUCACCUCCCACACGCCCGGUGACCAUCAAAUCUGUCUACACUCCAACUCUACCAGGAUGGCUCUCUUCGCUGGCGGCAAACUGCGUGUGCAUCUCGACAUCCAGGUUGGGGAGCAUGCCAACAACUACCCUGAGAUUGCUGCAAAAGAUAAGCUGACGGAGCUACAGCUCCGCGCCCGCCAGUUGCUUGAUCAGGUGGAACAGAUUCAGAAGGAGCAGGAUUACCAAAGGUAUCGUGAAGAGCGCUUCCGACUGACGAGUGAGAGCACCAACCAGAGGGUCCUAUGGUGGUCCAUUGCUCAGACUGUCAUCCUCAUCCUCACUGGCAUUUGGCAGAUGCGUCACCUCAAGAGCUUCUUUGAGGCCAAGAAGCUGGUGUAGUGCCCUCUUUGUAUUAACCUUCCUUUUUACCUCAUUUAUUUGGUACUUUCCCCACACAGUCCUUUAUCCACCUGGAUUUUUAGGGAAAAAAAUGAAAGAGAAUAAGUCACAUUGGUUCCAUGGCCACAAACCAUUCAGAUCAGCCACUUGCUGACCCUGGUUCUUAAGGACACAUGACAUUAGUCCAAUCUUUCAAAAUCUGUCUUAGGGCUUGUGAGGAAUCAGAACUAACCCAGGACUCAGUCCUGUUUCUUUUGCCUCAAGUGAUUGUCCUCUGUUUUUCACUAAAUAAGCAAAUGAAAACUCUCUCCAUUA